GCAAAUGGCGCUAAAAGCGCUGGACGCCGCGUCUGUUCACAGACUCUGUUCUAGUCAGGUUAUUGUCAGUCUGCAGACAGCAGUCAAAGAACUAAUAGAGAACAGCUUGGAUGCUGGAGCAACAAGAAUAGAAAUUGAUCUGAAGCAGUAUGGAUCGGAACUUAUUGAAGUGUCUGAUAACGGAUGUGGAGUUGAACCAUCAAAUUUUGAAGGGCUCACAAAGCGACAUGGAACAUCAAAGUUAAAAGAAUUUUCAGAUUUGAGUUCUGUGACAACUUUAGGGUUUCGAGGAGAAGCAUUAAGCUCUCUUUGUGCGCUCAGCCGUCUGUCUCUUGUGACAAGACAUCAGUCUCAGUCGCAUGCUACUAAGAUUGUGAUGGAUAGUGAAGGUAAAAUAGUGGAACAAACCCGUGUGGCACGUGAGGUGGGUACGACUGUAACACUAGAAAAUGUUUUUUAUUCUCUUCCGGUACGUCACCGAGAAUUUAUGAAGAAUUUAAAAAAGGAGUAUGGAAAGCUCAUUCAAGUUGUUCAGGGUUACUGUCUAAUCAGUGUGGGUGUUAGGAUCACAUGCAGUCAUCAAGCUAGUCACAAAGGUGGGAAGCAAAUUGUAUUGUCAAAUGGUCCCAGUCAGAGCAUGAAAGAAAACAUUGCGUGUGUUUUUGGAGCCAAAGAGAUGGGACACUUAAUAGCGAUGGAGCAAUGCUCAGAGCAUGAUAUAGACAUUUCAGAGAACAAGGGUUUGGUACCUUCAGCUUGGCCAUUUAGAUUGAUUGGUUUUAUUUCCAAGUGUGAACGAGGAUCCGGUCGUGCUAGUCCUGAUAGGCAGUUUUAUUACAUGAAUCAGAGGCCAGUGGACCUUGGAAAGCUGUCAAAGACAGUGAACGACGUUUACCAUUUGUACAACAAACAACAGUAUCCUGUUGUUGUUUUAGAUAUUGAGACUGAAAGAGAGAGAGUGGACGUCAACCUUACUCCAGACAAAAGAGAAAUUAUCAUUCAACAAGAGAAACUUCUUCUUCUACUUGUCAAGUAUUCACUGAUAAAGCUAUUUGAUAAAAGCAACCACGCUGCUGUUGCUCUACAAGUCAGCAGUCAACAAGAGCCAGCUGAAGGUAAAGAACAGCUUGUGGCUAAGGACACUCUAUGGAAGAAAUUUUCUUCAUCAAGAGACAGACGAAAGUCUCUGGCAGAUUUUACUGUGGGUGGUGCACCAGCAAAAAAAGUGAAAAAGUUUGAUAGAAGAGCAAUCCAACAGCGGCUAGACAAGAGUUUGGUUUCACCAGCAAAGCCAUUUAUGGAUCCAUCUUUUCCUGAAUCUGAAAUCAUUGAUUCUUUGAUUUCUAAUUGCAACGAGGUUCAUCUUCCUCUUCAAGAAGGAGGGUCUAUGGUUCAAAUGGAGUCAGCUACUCUAGAUGUAGAGACUAUGGGUGGUGCUGCUGCUGACAGAAGAGCUCUUACUGUCAAGUGCAGUACUGAAAUGAUCAGAAAACGUCUAAACAUGCAAUCAGCCACAACUGGAUUAAGUGCUUCCUCUGGAAGUCAGUUUCAUGCACGAAUCUCAUCUGAUGCAAAUCACGUGGCUGAACGAGAACUUCAACGAGAAUUCAGGAAGGAGUCAUUUGAAAAAUUAGAAGUGAUUGGUCAGUUUAAUCUCGGCUUUAUUAUUGCCAAGCUAGGCUCUGAUCUUUUUAUUAUCGAUCAGCAUGCAUCAGAUGAAAAGUACAAUUUUGAACGUUUACAAAAAACGACUGUGUUGGAACACCAAAAGCUAAUUGUACCCAAGAGACUGCAACUGUCAGCUGCUAACGAAAUAAUUUUACAAGACCAUGUUGGUGACUUUGCAAGGAAUGGUUUUACGUUUUCAUUUGACCCCGAGGCUGAACCUGGACGACGAGUACACUUGACUGGAAAUCCUGUAAGUAAGAACUGGUUGUUUGGUGCUGAAGAUGUAGAUGAAAUGUUGUUUCUCCUCUCUGAUUCGUCGGAUUGUGUCUGCAGACCUUCUCGUGUUUCAGCAAUGUUUGCGUCACGAGCGUGUCGAUCGUCAGUUAUGGUUGGAACAUCACUAACUAAGCAAUCAAUGAAACAGAUACUCUUACAUAUGGGACAACUCGACCAACCUUGGAACUGUCCACACGGCAGACCCACAAUGAGGCAUCUCGUAAAUCUGUCUUAUUUGAAUGAGACUUGUAGAAACUACGAAGCAUUGGAAACAAAGUAGUAGAGGUGGUCGACAAGGUUGUCCCUCGAAUCUCUACUGAUGAUGAAGACACUAGAUGUUUAGAAUGACUUUAUUAUUGAUUGGGAGUGUGUGUAUGAUGUAAGAAGUUGAGAUCUAGACUAAGGGAAACUAGACUAGGUCUGUGUAUAUUGUAUUUCUUUAGCUGAGCAGC